AUGGCUAUUACUGUUAAUUACCCCAGCGGUCGAUGGGAGGUGGGGGGGCAGAAGGAGCUCCCUGCCCCCAGCCAUUACUGCCUGCCGCCCGGUCCACACCUCACCAGUGGUUUCCCCUCUCCGCUCCCCCCAGGGCCAGUCGACGUGGACGAGUGCUCGGAGGGCACGGAUGACUGCCACAUCGAUGCCAUCUGCCAGAACACACCCAAGUCCUACAAAUGCCUCUGCAAGCCGGGCUACAAAGGCGAAGGCAGGCAGUGUGAAGACAUCGACGAGUGUGAGAAUGACUACUACAAUGGGGGCUGUGUGCACGAGUGCAUCAACAUCCCAGGGAACUACAGGUGCACCUGCUUUGAUGGCUUCAUGCUGGCCCACGAUGGACACAACUGCCUGGAUGUGGACGAGUGUCAGGACAACAAUGGCGGCUGCCAGCAGAUCUGCGUCAAUGCCAUGGGCAGCUACGAGUGUCAGUGCCACGGUGGCUUUUUCCUCAGCGACAACCAGCAUACCUGCAUCCACCGCUCCAACGGUGAGUACUGCCCGUGCUGA